AUGACGGCGGUUAUCAAGGCUAUUCAUACUCAGCAAUGGUCACAGGACUUAUAUCGGUAUCAGGCAUUCUCAAAAGAGCUGGGAGUGAUCGAAGACAUCGUAGUUAGAGAGGAUCGAAUUGUGCUUCCGCUAAAACUGCGACAGAGAGCAUUACGGAUUGCUCAUAGAGGUCAUCCUGGUAUAGUUGCGAUGCGGCGAAACUUACGUGAGAAGGUAUGGUGGCCAUGUAUGGAUCGCGAUGUUGGUGAUUAUAUACAGCAGUGUGCAGGUUGCGCAGCGGUGAGUGGACAUGGAGUUCCUGAACCUAUGAUGCGGAAGGAAAUGCCAGAGCGGGCUUGGCAGGAUAUUGCAAUCGACUUCUUUUCUGCUAAAGAGUGCGCAACAUUUCUGGUAAUCAUCGACUACUAUAGUCGCUUUACGAAGGUUAUUGAAAUGAAAGGCACUACAGCAGCGAAGACUAUUGAGUCUCUUGAAGGCGUAUUUGUGGAGCAAACGUACCCCGAAACAAUCAGAAGUGAUAACGGACCUCCGUUUUCAUCCGAGGAAUUUCUGAGCUACUGCAUCUCAAAAAACAUACGGCUUAUCCGAACCAUUCCUUACUGGCCGCAGAUGAAUGGUUUGGUGGAAAGGCACAACCAAGGCGUAUUGAGGGCUUUACGAAUAGCCAAGGCAACGAAGAUAGAUUGGCGAAAAGCGGUCAGAGACUACGAGUACAUGUAUAAUACUACUCCGCAUACGGUGACCGGUAAGCCACCGUUGGAACUAUUGACUGGGAGACCAGUAAAGGAUCUGUUGCCGUCGAUGCGUACUGAGCCGUAUUGGUGCCGGGAUGAAGAAACACGGGACCGUGAUGCAAUCAAGAAAAUGCAAGGCAAGAUCUACGCUGACAACCGAAGGAAGGCAAAGGAAUCGGAAAUUGAUGUGGGUGACGAAGUAAUGCUCAAAAAUUACGAGACAGGCAAAUUGGAACCAAAUUUCAAGCUUGAAAAGUUCGUGGUGGUUAAGAAAACUGGAAGUGAUGUCAUCGUCAAAAAUGAAGAAGGAGUAACGUAUCGCCGUUCCGUUUCCCAUUUAAAGAAGUGGCCAUCUUCACGAAAUGCAGGUGGACUGCCCGAAACUCCGGAUCAUUCGAUGGAUUCAUUCCUACAAACGGCGAAACCAUCAAUAUCCCGAGAAGUUGAGCUGGCAUCAGAAAGAGAAGCGGAAGCACAGAACUCCGAUCUGGAAGGAAGCUCCCCUCAACAGCGCCCGAAGCGAAUGAAGAAGUUGCCGGCAAGAUACAACGAAUAA